GGAGGUGCCGGCGGCGCCGGACGCGGUGCCCAGGUAACGCGGCGGGGCCGGCCGGGCUGGGCCGGGGUCCUCCUGUCUCUCAGGCAGCGGGAGGGGCGGCGCGGGCACCGGGGGUCGUCCCUGAGAAUACCAGGUUCUGAGAGGAAGAGCAAAGCGAGUUAAGAACAAAAACUGAUGGACCAUUACAUCUUCCAAAAUGAGCCUAUUCACAUUUUUCUACUGGAAACUAACAUGUCUUGAAGAGAGAAGAAUUCAGUGUUGGGCUGUCCUAAACAUUACUCAUGGUACAACUUCAGAGAGCAGCUUGAUUUAUCUGACUUGAAGAGGAGGCACAUGUGCAGCAAGCCAAGAGGACAUGGGCUUUCAGUGCAUUUGGAAAAAUGAUCAGGUACUGGGUCCAUGUGUCACAUCUGAAUUCUGUUGUACUAAUUCUCUAAGUACCAACUUGGACCGUCUCCUUGAUGCACACUCACGGCAUCAUGGCCAGUACUCAGGAGCGCCUGAGCUUGUCUUCCUCUCCAAACUCGAUCAGCAAAGCUUUCUGUGAAGAUAAAGACUUUAGUAGGUUACAUGAUGAACAUGCACCUGCUGGAAACCACCCGUCCCCUGAGCUCAUAGAGGAUGUGCGUGAGAAGGGCUUGCUGCAGGCAGACCUCAUCGAGAACAUGAGCAGCCCGGUCACUGCAGCAGUGCUGACCAGCAUCAGCGAGGACUCUAGGGACCAAUUUGAGAACAGUGUGCUGCAGCUGCGAGAGCAGGAUGAGUCUGAAACAGCCAUUCCUCAGGGCAACAGGAACGCUAUGGAUGGAGAGACCAACAGUGGAACGGAUGAUGUUAAAGUCCAGUUCAACAGAUCAGGCAGUGGGAGUGGUGGGUUUCUUGAGGGACUUUUCGGUUGUCUGAGGCCUGUGUGGAAUAUCAUAGGCAAGGCAUACUCCACAGACUACAAACUGCAACAGCAAGAUACCUGGGAGGUCCCAUUCGAGGAGAUCUCGGAGCUGCAGUGGCUAGGCAGCGGUGCACAGGGAGCUGUCUUCCUGGGCAAAUUCCGGGCAGAGGAGGUGGCCAUCAAGAAAGUGAGAGAUCAGAACGAAACAGAUAUCAAGCACUUGCGGAAACUCAAACAUCCUAACAUCAUUGCGUUCAAGGGAGUUUGCACUCAAGCCCCAUGCUACUGUAUUAUCAUGGAGUACUGUGCACAUGGACAGCUCUACGAAGUCCUGCGAGCAGGGCGGAAAGUCACCCCUCGGCUGCUUGUGGAUUGGUCCACGGGGAUUGCAAGUGGGAUGAAUUAUCUGCACCUUCACAAAAUCAUCCAUCGAGACCUCAAGUCACCAAAUGUUUUAGUUACACAUACAGAUGCAGUAAAAAUUUCAGAUUUUGGUACAUCUAAAGAACUCAGUGAUAAAAGUACCAAAAUGUCUUUUGCGGGAACUGUGGCUUGGAUGGCCCCAGAGGUGAUACGCAAUGAGCCCGUCUCUGAAAAGGUGGAUAUCUGGUCAUUUGGAGUAGUUUUGUGGGAGCUGCUUACAGGGGAGAUUCCCUACAAGGACGUGGACUCUUCAGCCAUCAUUUGGGGAGUGGGCAGUAACAGCCUGCACCUUCCUGUCCCUUCCACCUGCCCAGAUGGCUUCAAAAUCCUCAUGAAGCAGACCUGGCAGAGCAAGCCCCGGAAUCGUCCCUCCUUCCGGCAGACGCUGAUGCACCUGGAUAUUGCAUCUGCUGAUGUGCUGGCUACUCCUCAGGAAACCUAUUUCAAAUCACAGGCUGAAUGGAGAGAAGAAGUGAAGAAACAUUUUGAGAAAAUUAAAAGUGAAGGAACUUGUAUCCACCGGCUAGAUGAAGAAUUGAUUCGUCGUCGAAGAGAAGAGCUGAGACAUGCAUUGGAUAUCCGUGAACACUAUGAGAGGAAGCUGGAGCGAGCCAAUAACUUAUACAUGGAGCUCAGUGCUAUUAUGCUGCAGCUGGAGGUCCGUGAGAAGGAGCUCAUAAAGAGGGAACAAGCAGUGGAAAAGAAAUACCCUGGGACUUACAAACGCCACCCAGUCAGACCAAUAAUCCACCCCAAUACAGUGGAGAAGCUGAUGAAGAGGAAAGGGGUUUCCCAUAAACCAGGCAGCCAGACUAAACGGCCAGAUCUACUGAAGUCAGAGGGAAUACCCAGCACAGAAGCAGCAUCCAAUGGCUCACCAGUCUCAGGAAGUCCCAAAAUGUCAACACUGAGUGGCAAAAGCCGCUACCGCAGUAAGCCACGUCACCGCCGAGGGAACAGCAAAGGCAGCUACAAUGAUUUUGCAGGGAUCUUGAAAAACCAGCCAGUGCAAGAUGAUGCACCUCCACCUCAUAAUCAUUCUCAUCAUCCUGGCCUACUGCAGCAACCUGGCCACAGCCAUCCCCAUGGCCAUCACUCACGGCUUCAUGCCCAUGGACAAGAUAUCGCCAACUGUGCAAACAACUUAAGGUACUUUGGCCCUGCAGCAGCGCUGCGGAGCCCUCUCAGUAACCAUGCGCAAAGGCGGAUGUCUGGUUCCAGCCCUGAUCUCAUCUCCGCUGCAAUGGAAGCAGAUUGCCGAAGGAAUCUGGAGAGCAAAGAAAGCAAAGCUGAUCAUUGGGAGUGUUGCAAAACAGAUCCAUAUAAUUCUUGUCUUCAGUGCAGGGAAGAGGACAGUGGUCAGGUACAGAUGUCAUCUGUUGAAACAGGGAUGAGCCAUUCUCAAUCACCAACAUCUGUUUCCCUAUAUGAAAAUGCACAGUUCAUUGAGAAGAUGGAGGAAGGGGGCUUCAGCAGCUGUAAGUCAGCAUCCGCCCUAGGCACUCCCCAGCACAUGGCUUCCUCAGUGCUACCUUGCAAAGCAAGACCCGUUCAAAAGAGCGGUGACGACUCUUCAGAAGAGGAAGAGGGUGAAGUAGACAGUGAAGUGGAGUUUCCUCGUAGACAAAGACCUCACCGCUGCAUUAGUAGCUGCCAGUCCUACUCAACCUUCAGCUCGGAGAACUUCUCUGUGUCAGAUGGAGAGGAGGGAAACACAAGUGAUCAUUCGAACAGCCCAGAUGAGCUGGCCACUAAGCUGGAAGAUGAGCUGGCUGAGAAGCUGGAGGACAUGUUGUCCCAGACUCCAGAGAUCCCCAUUGAAAUCUCCACCCAGUCUGACGGGCUUUCAGACAAGGAGUGUGCUGUGCGGAGAGUCAAGACUCAGAUGUCUCUGGGCAAACUUUGUGCAGAUGAACACAGCUGUGAGAACCCAGCACAGUUUGGAGAAUCAGACUGUGACUCUUCUGAAGGGGAGUGUUCUGAUGCCACGGUCAGGACCAAUAAGCCCUGCAGCUCUGCUACUUGGUAAUACAGAUCUCCCCCAAAGCUUCCUGAUACUGGCAUUUUGAUUUCCCUGAGAUUCCACUUCAUUCCCCUUCAUCACACUUUACAGGAAGAGAAGAUGCUUCUCCUUCCCACCCCAGGAGUGAUUUGCAAUAACCUGAAUCUCUGGAAAAUGUCCAAAUGAAAUUAAUUCUCUUUGAGCAUUUCAAUCAAGAAUGGCAGGGAUGUAUUUUAUUGAAUAAUCUAGUUACUGUAACAUGGAUAUUUAUUUUUUUGACAUUUUAACACUUUUUACUGUAAAGAGUGGAUUGUAUUUAUAGACACACAGACUUGUUGCAAAAAAAAAAAAAAAGUUCAGAAAGCAAGCACAUUACAGAGAAACAUCCUGGGAGUCCUGCCUGGACAGCUUUGUGUACAAAUGCAGGGGGAUUCUCUUGCUGCUUUCACAGGGGACCAGGCCUCAUGGCCCUGAAGAUUGGAGAACAGAUCAAGCAAACUAAACCACUCAGUCUUAUCAAGUGAGGAAGCAUAAAAAGACCUUCUUAUAGGGUAACCUGUGAACAAAGCGUAUUCAGUAUAACCAGCUGGGUCAUUUUUAAUCAGAAGGUGGACAUGUUCCUGGAGAAAAUUGGUACUGAGGUGCUAACAUCCAGGGUCUUCUGAGUCGAUACAUCCCCAGGAAUGUAAUAGUGGGUUUUAUUUUAAGGAUUUUUAGUUUCUUUUUUUAAUCAGCAUUUUGUUGUGAGAUCCUGCAAUUGUAUUCUAACCUCAUCCUCUCGAGAAUUGGUAUAAGAGCACUUCUUAACACCGUCCUUGCUUCACUCUGGCAGUGUCGAUCUCCAGUCGAGCAGGGAAACCUCUUUCAGAUACAGUGUGCCAUUUCCCAGUUUACUUCCUCCUCUUACCUCCUGUCUGUGUCAGUCAGUCAAAGAAAUCAAUCAAAUCAGUGUUGGAAAAGCAAGAACUUGCAAACUGUGGAAAGCACAUCCUGCAGAGCCUGAGCACUCUUCUGGGGAGGAAACUGGAGAUGCCUGUACUGGACUUGGAGAAGCAGUCUCUCGCCUACAACAGCAUCGAUAACCAGCAGAGAGCUGUGUGUUGAGGGGGAAGACUGGGAAUCACUGGCCUAGAUAAGAGCAUCACCCCUGCUCUGUCUCCUUACUCACUGUACAUUCUUGAAAGCAUUAACAGCUGCCUGCCCUUCAUGUCAGGCUUUGUGCAAAACAGGUCACACAGGGAAUCUGAUGGUGGCUGUGGCACAGCUGUGUCUUGGGUGCACCUUGAGGCCCCUGUUUCUCCUUCAAGCUGAAACUCUGCAGGUGAAAGUGAGGAUAGUACUGAUAUGUGACAGGCCGAGGCAUUGGCAGAUGACAAAAAUUUGUUUUCUGAUAGAACUCAUAGUGCCUUCCCUUCAAACACUACUCUUUUAAAUCAAUAUUUAAAGAGAACAAAAUGGUAGAGCACGUUUCCCCCACCCUUAGUUGAUGUCCCUCUGCAAGAGCUUUCACUCUGCCCUUCCUAGCGUGCUGACUGGUGCCACUGUGCCAUGCGUGCAUGGUGCACGGCCGCACUGCUGGGUGCUGCUCUGCAGACUGGCACACCAGCCUGAGAUGAACGGCAGGAAUGGACCAUGGACAGGUACUUCUGUUGCUUUGUUUGUUUACAUUUUAUGUUAAAAUAUUGGUUUGAAUUUAACUGUGGUAAUUUAUAGCCUCAUGGCAAAAUGAAGGAAAAUGUCUUACUUAUACAGAGAGCAGUAUUGUAUGAGUUAAAUUAUCCCGUAUUUUUAAAUUUUUGUAGCUGGACUACACACAGAUUUUAAGUUAUGAUGUUAUUUUAUUAUUUAUUAUAAUUUCUGUAGAUCAGAAGGUUGGCUUCACCGCUAGCACAAUUGUAAUCUGUUUGUGUGAUGUUACCUUCUCCCUGGUUGCUGGGGGGGAUGGGAGCAGAGCUGGUCUCAGUGGCUGUCAGUAGUUGCUGCCUCUUGUGAUUUCUAAGGAUGCUGUUAUACCAGGGCAGAGAACCUGUCAAUGUUGGUCCGAGAGGGAUGGAUGCAGCCAGCCUCCUGGGCCCUGUGAUAUUCCUUGUGGUCGAAGCUGCAAUUUGCUCCUGUUGCUGGUAGAGUUGGCAGUCCCUGAGCUGGUGGGGAGUGGUGAUCAGGGAGCGAGUGGCUUUUGAAUUGAUGAUGAACUGUCACAAGACCCCCUGGCAAGAGCAUCCAAAAAGACAAGCGGAGAGGAGGGCAACUGCUCCAGGCAGCGGGUACGAGAUCAGGGGUGGCCAGCAGUGGAUCCACAUGGUGGAUCACCCGUGCAGGACCAAACAGGCUGCUGGAGAGGAGAGGGAAUGACCAGCUCACCCCUGCCUGCAGCAGCAAUACUCAGCUCUGGGUGCAGGCAGAAUGCCAUGGGGAGUGAAGCUCUUUCCUGGCUUGUUUCUUCUCUCUUCCCAUCCCUCUUUUCUCCUCCCAGAUGUUUUCUGUCUCUCGGCCAGUGGCAGGAGGAGGUGGCAGGGCCAGAGAUGGCUUUGCCAUUGUGGUGUGAGAGGGGUUUUGGUGUGGAAGGGGUGGUGCAGAUGGUUACUCAGGGGGGCUGGAGGCUGUGGUGCAGGAAUUUAGCAGUAGAGAACUGUGUGCACGUAGCAUGCACACAAAGAGGAAGACCAAACUAUUGCAUGAAGACAGGUUGAGAACUACCAUCAAAUGUCCCCCACAGCAGAGGAUGCCAGGCCUUACGCCCCUGGAGAGACUCUGCCACUCAGAUCUGGCAGGCUUCCUGAGCUCCCACAGGCAGGUCCGUUCGCUGCCUGCAGGCCAUGCGAUGUCAACCCAGUCCACGGCCCUGCGGUGCCCACUGCCUGUGGGCAGCACUGGUGUCCUAGGGCAGCCCUGCAGCAACAGGCCCAAAGCAGAGCUUCUUCUGGCUCAGGCCUGUCAGCAUCUCCUUGCAGGGACUUCAGUCUGCAAUGAUUCAGUCCCUAACAAAAAGAUCCCAGAGGGGUUUUGGUAGCUCUGGUCUUUGCUUAGCGCUCCUCCACCAUGUGAUGAAGCUCCUCUGGGCUUGCAGAGAAGCAUAGAAGCUUUGAUGUGUAGGAUUUUGGGACGCUUCUGGGCCAGCUGUCCUGGGUGUGUGCUGAUUCUUCCCCGUCCUUGCCUGGGGACAUGCUGGCCCAUUCUGCAGCCUGUAAAAACAGAGCUGAACCCUUCAGGUUGUCUGCUGCCACACUUAGCUCUAGUUUCUUUACAUGCCCAGGUCAUUGCACUGUUACAGUCCAGCAUUGCUCCUCCUAACUGCUGCCUCCUAUGCAGCAUCCCUCUGGGACUGCCACUAGGGUUUCCCCCCCUUGCCUAAACAUGUAACCCUGUACCCGUGGAGAUGUAAUCCCAGCCUCCCCCUGCACACCCAUCUCGUGUCCUUGGCUGUGUGCAGGCAGGGGUGGCUCAGCAGCCCCCCAUGUUCCUGGGACAGUUGCUGUCAGUUCUGCAGGGGGUUAUAUAGGCAUUUUCUGUAGUGAAACCCACCCAGAAUUGCACAUAGAUGUGACCUCCACGUUGCUGUAUGGGCGCCUCUGCUGCAGUUCCUCGCACUUUCUCUCCUAGCAGGGUAUGGGGCUGAGAAGCGUAAAUCGGCCUGCUUCCUCCUCACAGUAACACUGCAUUCGCAGGACAGAAGUAAACCGUGGGUUCCCUUUUCAGCAUCCCAACUACCCUGAUCCAGUUCUCAUGGCUGCUGACAGCUCCUGAACACUAGCCUAGAUUUUCUCCCAGAGCUGAAUGUUGCCUUUCCCACUGUCGUGUUAAGUAACCAUUUCAUCUUGGCCCUGUCCAGUAGUGUUCAUCUCUUUCCUCCCUGCUCUGUGGAUUCCUGAUACAAACUUGAUUUUUUUUUUUUGUAUUGAACAGUGUACAGUGAUGGAAACAAGAAUGACUAUCAAAGCAAACAAUGCAUGGAAUAAAAAGCCAGUGUACUUCAA